AUGGGGCCGGCGUCGGAUGAGACCGACAAUGGCAAUGCAGAAGAGGACAACGCGGCGCAGAAGCUAGGCAUUGGGAACCCCCCAAAGAUACAGCCGACAAAGGUCACGGAGGAUCAACACGCAAAGGAAAAGGCUGAUGAUAAUGUACACAAACAGGCACGAAUUUCGACUCCCAGGACAGUGAUGCUGCAACCACGAGGAUCCGAAGGCUACAGGGGUAUGGACCUGGUUCGGGCGUUGGAGCCUAGUCUAUUCGAGAGAGACAACAGGAUGACAUGUGAGGGCGGUUUCGGUAUCAUGUGGUAA